AUGAACAACAUGCUCAUAUAUCGUUCCGUUAGAUUCGCAACUCAUAACAGCAGGCUUCUAUUGCCACCUUUAAUUCUCUACAGAAGAAUAUUAAGGCAACAUAAACUGCUUCCUGCCCCUCAGAGAGAAAUGGGUGACCAAUAUGUGCGGAACGAGUUCAAGUUGCACAAAGAUAUCGAUAAUCCACUGCAUAUAGUCGGAUUUUUAGCGUCGUGGCAGGAUUACCUUCACAUGAUUUCUAACGGUGAAUGGAAAGAUGCAACUUUAUCCUCGGAAACUCUUGAGAAAUUAUCUCCUGAGCAAACCGUCCAACUUUAUGAAUUGAUGACUGAAACGCAGAAAGUUCAUCAAGAUAAUGAAAUAGAGUCAAGAAAGGACAUGAAACGGAACAAUAAGGACUAG